AGCGAGCGGCCUCCUUCCGGCGUUUGCCCCGGCCCGCUCCGCCGCCGCGCCCUCCUCCCCGGUUAUGAGGCUCGCCCGCCGGCGCUGGAGCGCAGCUGGGUCUGUGCGGCGCGGCCGCCGCUGAGGCAUCGCCGCCUCCGCCAGGGCGGGGACCGCCUUCCCAGCCCCCGCCGCCGCCGCCAGGAUGGGCCGGGAGCCGCAGCCCGCCCGCCGCUGAGGCGCGAGACGCGGAGGGAGCCGGGAGCGGGAGGACCGCGUCGAGGAGGAGCAGGAGGAGGACGGGAGAGCGGCCGGCGCCAUGGCGGAGCAGACCUACUCCUGGGCUUACUCCCUUGUGGACUCAAGUCAAGUAUCUACGUUCCUAAUUUCCAUUCUUCUCAUUGUUUAUGGCAGCUUCAGGUCCCUGAACAUGGACUUUGAGAAUCAAGACAAGGAAAAGGACAGCAGCAGCUCCGCUGGGCCCUUCAAUGGCAGUAGCACCAAUAACAGCAUCCAGACCAUCGAUUCGACACAGGCGCUCUUCCUACCCAUUGGGGCAUCCGUGUCUCUCCUGGUUAUGUUCUUCUUCUUUGACUCAGUUCAGGUGGUUUUUACAAUAUGCACAGCAGUCCUUGCGACAAUAGCCUUUGCUUUCCUCCUGCUCCCAAUGUGCCAGUAUUUAACACGACCUUGUUCACCUCAAAACAAGAUUUCCUUUGGCUGCUGUGGGCGUUUCACUGCUGCUGAGCUGCUCUCUUUCUCUCUCUCUGUGAUGCUCGUCCUUAUCUGGGUCUUAACUGGACAUUGGCUUCUCAUGGAUGCUCUGGCAAUGGGCCUCUGUGUUGCGAUGAUUGCCUUUGUCCGGCUGCCGAGCCUUAAGGUCUCCUGUCUGCUGCUGUCGGGGCUGUUAAUUUAUGAUGUCUUUUGGGUCUUCUUUUCUGCCUACAUCUUCAAUAGCAAUGUUAUGGUGAAAGUGGCCACACAGCCGGCAGAUAACCCUCUUGAUGUUUUAUCUCGGAAGCUUCACCUUGGACCCAAUGUUGGUCGAGAUGUCCCCCGCUUGUCACUGCCUGGUAAACUUGUCUUUCCAAGUUCCACAGGCAGUCAUUUUUCCAUGCUGGGAAUUGGAGACAUUGUGAUGCCAGGCCUCCUGCUUUGCUUUGUUCUGCGUUACGACAACUACAAAAAGCAAGCUAACGGUGAUUCCUGUGGCACACCAGGUCCUGGGAAUAUUUCUGGCCGGAUGCAAAAGGUCUCCUACUUCCAUUGCACUCUCAUUGGAUACUUUGUAGGGCUCUUAACAGCGACAGUGGCAUCGCGCAUCCACCGGGCAGCCCAGCCGGCGCUGCUGUACCUGGUGCCCUUCACCUUGCUGCCGCUCCUCACUAUGGCCUACUUAAAGGGUGACCUGCGUCGCAUGUGGUCGGAACCGUUCCACUCAAAGUCCAGCAGCUCGCGUUUCUUGGAGGUAUGAUGGAAUGGGUGGAAAGCGGCCGAACGUCUGCCUGGUCCCUUUUUUCGCUCACAGCGUGGUUGUCCGUGCCUGCGGCUGGGCUGGUACUUAGGAGAAUUGCCAGUUUGCGGAACUUGUACAGAUGGACGUGCUGUGCUACGCGGAGGAGAGAGCGUGACGCCGGGGGGCUCCUUCUCCAGCCUCCCUUCCUCCUUGCCACUGGAGGCGGUUCGCCGUGACAGCCCCCGCCCGGCGCCCUUCCCUCCCUCCUCCCUCUCCUGUUUACAGAUAGUGCCAGGCCAUCCGGUGUUCCCAAGGGGAGGAGGAGACAGACUUUAUCAGAAAACGGCACAGAGUCGUUGAGGGACUUGUGAACACUACAAGGAAAAAUGGCCACAGCACUUGGAGUUUCUUGGAAAACCCCACCAGUACUUUGGAACCCGUUUUUCUGUUGGACUCCAGUUUCAGAAAGAACUGAGACAGAAUUUCUUCUCUCACUGUACUCUUUUUUUCCUUUUCCAUUUAUUUUUCUGUGGUGUGAGGUGAGCUUUGAAAUCCACAGACAUUGAGUGACUUCUCGCAGUACACCAGAUAAAAACUUUGUUGUAACAAGUUACAUUUCCACCCUGAUAUCAUAAUGCAGUGAAUAAGAGCACCACACCCACCCACCCACACACACACACACGCACACACACACACACACACACCCCUAUACUCCUCCUUUUAUACAUCCAUACAGGCAUGCACACACACAGACACGCACAUACACCCCACACUGCAAGGGUAAAAUCUGCUAGGAUCAUGCUUUGUAGCUGACAGGGGCUUGCUGUAAUUUUUAGCAUGUAGAGCAGUUGACAAUGGCUUUCUUGUAUAUGGAUCUGCAAAUGGGCUGAUGCCUCUCCUUGUUCCCCUCCAUGAGUGAAGCUUCAGGUUUGUUUUUUUUUAAAGGUGUAGUAUGUUGUACUGAGUGUCCUCCUGGAUUUUAGGGGAUUUUUUGAUUUGCAAUCAAUGUAGCAAACUUAGGGGAGGAAGAAAGCCGAAGCCUUUUCCUUCCUGCCCCUUUUUGUUUGUGGGUUUGUUUUUUACAACUUGUCCAUUACAGUUUUUAGUAGCUCUUUUCUUGACCUAAUGCAUGUAUUAUAGCAGCUGUUGUCUUUGUGUGUUCUGAUCAUAGUAAUGUAUGACUUGUAAAUACAUUUUUUCUAUUUUCUA